GGAGUCCCAGGUACAAAUCUUGAGACAGUAGACAAAGAGAUAAAAGCCUAUAACAAUUUAUUGAACUGGCUAAACAGUGAGGCCAGAGAGAUACUUGCCACAACACAGGAACCAGUUACUGAAAGGGAAUCGGAAUUUUUGGAUUACAUUGGCUUUAAGGCUGAACUCGACAGAAGAGAACCCUUAUUUUCAAAGUUAGGACAAAAGGUCAAGUCAGGGAAAGCUUUGAGAAUAUCCUGGCCUGAAUGGGAGAAACUAGACUCAAGUUGGCAGGAAGUAGACGAGCAG